GAGAUUGUUACAACAUGAUCAGUUUCUCAGAUUUUGUUAUUCAUAGGAAUACAUUGAAUGUGCUUGAGAGAUUUUAUCAUAGGUUGUACUUUUUCGCCAUAAUUAUCUAUUCGCUUCUCUCCAAAAGUUUUUUCUCGUCAACUGCAACCUGGGCAUUUGACAAGGAGGAGGUAAUUUAUAGUAACAGUCAGAAAUAGCAGUUAGUCUUAGCGCAAAACUUUCAGGCUUCUGGUAGAAAGCAAGACAAACGUUAAAAAAACGACUCGUAUUUGGUAUUUUAACUAUAUAAAGCACUGAGUGAAACCUCUCUGUGAGAAUUCUGAUGUAUGAUAUAAAAUGAGAUUUUUUUUACACUAGUAUAAAAAGAAAAUGUUCCUGACUUUUUAUUUUAUAAUCCAGUAGUUCUCAAACUUUUGAAGUCAAGACCAUUCAUUGUUCGGACUGAUGAGGCUAAUUACCGUAAAAAUAACCAUUUUUUAAAAUAGUUCAAAAUGUAACGAUUUAAAUAAACAUGCCUUUGUUGGUCUUGGGAGUAACGUUUCAUGAUGUACUCGUUUGAAUAUGUCGCUCAAAAGCAAUUACAUUUAAGCGUAUCUAUGAUGAUUGACACGGACGCCAUGAAGUAAUAUCCGGUGUUUUGCCGCCCUCCUGUGGACACAACAUGCAACCUCGGGCGAGCGUUUCCAUAGCAACUGCUUUUGUGUCGUGAGCAGAUGACCGCCAUCGUUUUUUUUUCUCCCUUCAAGCGACUCAGCAGUAAGUUGUAACCUUGAUUUGGCACUUCCAGUGUCCCCCACGAGUACAAAUGUCUGCCCAAAGCGGGUUAGGCAAACUGGACGCGGGCGUCCUGAACGCCGAACAGCGGGAGACACUGCGCCAGUUCAAAAUCCAGACCAGGAUCGACAAUGAGAAGUACCUGAUGGCGCAUCCCGAGGUGGAGGUCAUGGUUGAAGAUUUUCUCAGGGACUUGCUUCUGAAAAGGCCAACUCACAUUCGUGCAUUUGCUGCGGAUCAUUUCACCAACCCUGACCUUCACAUUGUUAUUAACGCUAAAAUGGCAACUAUCAAUAUGGAUGCAUAAAAAGCUGUUAACUCAUUUCGGAACCGCUUUUUUGUUGUCAUGUGCUGUCACACUUCAUGAAGCACAAAAUGCCUUCUUGUGCAAACAUGUGUUCCCUGUAUUGUAUUUCAGACAGCGUCACUGGAGCAUUGAAGCCAUGUUUGUGUAUGUGCUUUAAUAACUUAUAUUGUAUGCCAUUGCAGCUAUGACCUGUACACGCAUACACAUACACAACUGGACGAUCACACGCGCAUACAUAUCCUUAUUAUCACCGUCUUCAUCCCUCUGAUUCUUUCCCCCCCGUGACGUAGUAUUAUCUGCAGAGCGCAUCGGGGACCGUGCAGCUGGUCAGUUAAGCUGCGUCACGGUCGCCCCCCUCCAUCCGCCCUCUCAUUACAUGUUAUGUCUUGUGACUUGUUGUAACUGUCAUAUGCUUAUUUAUGUGCUUGGGUCUUUUUUUAUCCUGGACUUAAAUUAUCCUCAGAAGAGGAUAGUUCGAGCAUGGUUUUUUUUCCCCCUCUCCCUACCCAGUGUUUUCCUUUCUGAACUCUGACUGUAAAUUUCCCCAUUGCGGGACAAAUAAAGGAUAUUUUAAUCUUAAUUGUGUCACUGCAUAGGUCAUUCUUCUUUAGCAUUUAGUAGGCUGACAAGAGGCAAAAAAGAAUAAAGCUUGUGUUCAACCACUGGA